AUGGCAGUGGACGGUCUGUACCUGGUAACAAUUUGUUCGUUCAGUGCAACUAUAAUUGUGGCAACAUCGUUUGAAGCAGAUCCGUUACAGCAAGCAUUUUUGCUCGUUGAUCUGCUGAAGGCAGAGUAUGCAAGAGCGAAAGAGAAUUCCCUGUUGAGGAGCAAACAGUUUUUGCAUUACCCCACUACAAACGCCGACCUUCCUACUUGUCCUAUCAAAAACGAAACGAAAAUUAAACCAUACGUUCCACUUGACGGAAGACGUGCAGCUGACCCUUUAAUAUUCAACAAUUUGACGCCAAACCCGAAGAUACGCCGAAAAACUACAUUACUUAAAAGCAGACGCUUAGAAUACGAUGACGCUUUCGGUCCACACCCUGGUGGAAUUGAUCCUGGUACCCUUACUUCAACCCAAGAAACCAGCAGAGCAGUUACAUCAACUACAUCAACACCAUCCACAGACAUUGAGGUAACAACUACCACGCUCGUAACGAGAGUUUCAACUAUAACAAGCGGAACCUCUUCAACGAAAACGACAUUUGCCUCUACCCACCCCACCAAUCUGGCUUCAAAGCGUGUGAAGUUAUCGAAAAAAAUGCCUCCACUGAAACCUGCUAAAGAUAAAGUGAAACUGCUCCAUAAAAAGCCAACAAGAGAUCCUAUUAUGGAUCAGGUAGCCUCGGAGAUAAUACAUGAAAUGAGAGAUUCUACCCCUACUACCAUCAAAUAUGCAUUCUACUCUCCGCCACUGCUUACUGCCAAGACGGAACGGUAUACUAGAUAUAUAUACGUUGUAAAGGUGUGUCCCCACCGCGGCACGAUACUGAUACGAUCCUGCCAGUGGCGACAUAGCUUUACGAUAUUAGAAAGACCAGUAGGGCGCGCCUGUCCCGCCGCGCAAGAGAGUCAAAACACACUCCCACACCAAUACAAUUCUACACUAACUAUUUGUUGUUGCCUAAGUAAAUGCAAAAUCGCUUCACAUAUCAAAAUGCGACAUAACAACAACGUGGAUAGAGGAACAAUAGUUAAGGUAGCACAGUUGAAUCGCCCAAAACACUUACGGUCGACGCCAUUGCCUCAAGCCACAAGUUGUGGUGGUGGUGACGCCGACGCGAGUGUGAGGGUGCGGAGGACACGCGGGCCCUACUGCCGCGGGGCGCGCACAACGCAAAGAGGGGAGAUGAGGGAGAGAAAGAGGGGUGGGGUAUAG